AUGUUCGUCAAGAGGCUGAGUCCUGCUGCUUGCUUCCGCGUGGCUGGAGAUUAUAUAAUGCCGCAGCAGAUGUAUCGCUUUAUAAAAAGUAUGAAUGCUGCUGUGCGUGCAGUGGUACGCAUGGGAAUCUAUGUAAAAGCCAAGGUGUAUUUUGUUUAUGAGGGUUACCAGGGAAUGGUUGAUGGAGGUGAUAAUAUUGUAGAGGUGUCAUGGGAAAGUGUUUCAAGUAUCCUGCAAGUGGGUGGUACAGUUAUUGGUAGCGCACGCUGCAAGUCCUUUCGUACUCGGGAGGGCCGCCUGCAGGCAGCCUACAACUUGGUUCAGAGAGGAAUCACUAAUCUUUGUGUGAUUGGCGGAGAUGGUAGCUUAACUGGUGCCAAUCUGUUCCGUGAAGAAUGGAGCGGACUUCUAGAAGAGCUGGCACAAAAAGGAAAGAUUGAUGAAGAGGCUGUUAAGAGAUAUGCUUACCUUAACAUUGUGGGAAUGGUUGGAUCCAUAGACAAUGACUUCUGUGGCACUGAUAUGACCAUAGGUACUGACUCAGCCUUGCACAGAAUCAUUGAAGUCGUGGAUGCCAUCAUGACCACUGCUCAAAGCCAUCAGAGGACAUUUGUUCUGGAGGUUAUGGGGAGACACUGUGGGUAUCUAGCUCUUGUUAGUGCCUUAGCCUGUGGUGCAGAUUGGGUAUUUAUUCCGGAAUACCCCCCAGAAGAAGGAUGGGAAGAUUCAAUGUGUGUUAAGCUUUCAGAGAAUCGUGCACGAAAGAAAAGGCUGAAUAUUAUUAUUGUAGCUGAAGGAGCUAUUGAUUGCCACAACAAACCUAUAACGUCAGAGAAGGUUAAGGAUCUUGUGGUUCAGCGGCUCGGUUUUGACACUCGAGUAACUAUCUUGGGUCAUGUGCAAAGAGGUGGAACCCCUUCAGCUUUUGACAGAAUUUUGGCAAGUCGUAUGGGUGUGGAAGCUGUACUUGCCCUUUUAGAAGCUACUCCAGCUACCCCUGCCUGUGUUGUGUCACUGUCUGGAAACCAGGCUGUCCGUCUGCCUUUGAUGGAGUGUGUGCAGAUGACUCAAGAAGUCCAGAAAGCCAUGGAUGAGGGAAGAUUUGUUGAGGCUGUGAGGCUUCGUGGAACGAGCUUUGAAAACAACCUUAACACCUACAAAUUACUGUCACACAAAAAACCAGAUGCCGAGCUUCCAAAGACUAAUUUUAAUGUAGCAGUUUUAAAUGUUGGUGCCCCUGCAGCUGGAAUGAAUGCUGCAGUGAGGGCUGCAGUGAGAGUUGGCAUAACUGAAGGACAUAAAAUGUUUGCUGUCAUUGAUGGAUUUGAAGGUUUUGCUAGAGGGAAGAUAAAGGAAAUCAGCUGGGGAGAUGUUGGAGGCUGGACAGGUCAAGGAGGAUCGAUCCUUGGUACAAAACGUACUCUUCCUGCAAAAUAUUUGGAGAAGAUUGCUGACCAGAUGCGUACUAACAACAUUAACGCCCUUAUGGUUAUUGGUGGAUUUGAGGCAUACCUCGGACUUCUGGAAUUGUCAGCUGCCCGAGAGAAAUAUGAUGAAUUCUGUGUUCCAAUGGUUAUGGUUCCUGCAACUGUAUCCAACAAUGUACCGGGUUCAGAUUUCAGCAUUGGUGCAGAUACUGCUCUGAACACUAUCACUGAUGUAAAGCAUGGAAAGACAGUGGAAAUGAUGAAAAUCAUAUGCCAGUAUUGUGCAACAAUUCUUAUGAAACCACAUCUGGAAGGAGAAAGUAAAGUGCUUGCGGACAUUGUAAAAUCCAAGACAGAAAAAGAUACUUUUUUUUUAUUCAUCAUUGAGACCAUGGGUGGUUACUGUGGUUAUCUGGCUAAUAUGGGGGCCCUUGCGGCAGGAGCUGAUCCUGCUUAUAUCUUUGAAGAACAGUUUGAUAUUCGAGAGCUCCAGGCUAAUGUGGAACACUUGACUGAAAAAAUGAAAACCAGUAUCCAGCGUGGUCUAGUGCUGAGAAAUGAGAACUGCAAUGAGAACUACACAACUGACUUUAUUUAUCAGCUGUAUUCUGAAGAAGGAAAAGGAGUGUUUGACUGUCGAAAAAAUGUAUUGGGCCACAUGCAGCAGGGUGGUGCACCUUCGCCAUUUGAUAGAAACUUUGGGACAAAAAUUUCUGCAAAAGCUAUGCAGUGGAUCUCCAGAAAACUGAAAGAAACGUACAGAAAAGAAGAAGGAAAAGUAUUUGCCAAUACCGAUGACUCAGUUUGUUUGCUGGGAAUGCGUAGACGCAACCUUGUUUUCCAACCAGUGGCUGAGCUUAAAACUGAAACAGACUUUGUACACAGAAUUCCCAAGGAGCAAUGGUGGCUGAAGCUGCGACCACUGAUGAAAAUCCUGGCCAAGUACAAGACUAGUUACGAUGUUUCAGAUUCAGGCCAGCUGGAGCACGUUGCUAUGCGCAGCCCAAAGGAAGCAGAAACCGGGGCCAUCUAAAGAGAUCACUUUUAGAUUGUUGUAAUAGAUGCACAUUGUAACAAUGCUUUAGAAUCGUUACAGCUUUGUUUUGUAACACUUAAAUUAUUGUACCAGCACUUUAUGUGAACCAAGACAUUCAGAUCUCGCACAGGUCUUGUCCUGUAUUUGUGUUACAUUUGAAACAAACCCUAGCAUCUAAUGGAUAAGCACCGUUUACUGAUACUACCCUUUAACAGGAAGUGCAACACGGUUCUAUGCACUCUGUAAGUUACUCGUCUACUGCACUUUGUUUCAGAGUACUUACACCCCAAAAAUAAAGUGUAGAUGGCUAGCUUUGUGUUGAGUUACAGGAUGUGCUUAAUGUAUCUGAAGUAAAAUAAAGUACUGUUGCAACUAUCA